ACAAGCAAAUAUAGCAGCUCCGGCGUUCCCAACUGCCAUGUACACCAAUGCCGCAUCUGCCGGGGCGACGUCCACGCAACAGCAGCCGGAGCCCGGCCGCGGACGAUCCGGUGGCCCUACCAGUGGCUCUGCAACUCCAUCUUUUGUACCUUCCAAUUCCAACAAAAAACAGUAUCACGGCAAUUCCAAGCUAAAGGUUCACAACCGGCUGAUGUCCCACAACAAGCUUGUGACGAGUUUGCUGACACUGGCCAAACAUACCGGUGCUCGUCCUUCAAUGAAUCGGUCCAAGUCUUCAGAUGUCCUCAUCAAGACCAGAAGCACUGGGGCUUUGAAGAGAAAUAAUCGUUCGUUCACAAAAAUACUGGGAUUGCAGCCGUUGACAAAGACUGUUUCCAACCAGCUGAUUCGUUCCAACAAAUCGACUGGCUCGUUGAAGAUGCUCAAUGCCACAACCGUAGCACCACUUCAUGGCAUUAAAACUACCAGUAGAAAGGGAAGGGCAAUCUUGAAGUUGAACGAAGACGAUGCAAACAACGAGGAGUACGAGGAUUUGAAUGAUGAUAAUAAUGAAGAAAUUGAUAACUCCAAUAAAAGUAAUAGUAGUAAUGAUAAUGCUGAUGACGAUAGAACGUUCAGUUCUGAAGACAGCAGAGACAACAGUAGAAAUGGCCGCAAUCACAGCAAGGGCCCUGUGGAUCAAUUGAAGCGCGAGCUCAGUUCUGCUCGUAGUUCGACAGAUGACUUGACCACCAACAACUUGUAUGGGGGUUCACUUUUACUUUCGCAAUCGACAGGACUAACCAAGAAGAUCGAUCCCAAAAAUGCCAACCACCACUUGCACCAGAAAAUGCUUGGAGCUGAUGUAACUGAGUCCUCUAUUGAGUCCAAUCAUUCGGAGACGAUUAGCGGCAUCUCAUUCCGUGCGAAUCCAAUAGAGAGCCACUUGGCAGAGCCAGUUACCACAAACAGGAAUGUUGUCCAAAACAACUCGUAUCAGCCUAACCAGACCAUCUUCAACAACUUGCAGAGAACAAACAAUCAGUAUUUGAAUACUAAGAAACAACUGUACAGCGUGAACAACUUCUCUAACUUCUUGACUAAUAAUAGUACAUCUACACCAUCUUCAGCAGAACUGCACAGUGCCCACAACAUAGAAACAAGAACACAGCAGAGAUUAUGGUUACAGAGAGAAAAUUCUUUGAUGGAUGUCACCAACUUGGAUCCUAGUCAGUUGUCUAAUUUUUCCAAUCUCUCGUUGAACAACCUUAUGUUCGCACAUAACUAUAAUGGCAAUCAGAGUCAGGUCAACAUGAGAGACAUUUACCAGCAACAACAGUCGCCUUUGACUCCUGUGGGCACAGGUUCUAACCUUAGCAACACUAAUGCUGCUGGUGCAGCUGGAGGUAGCAUGGUUCCACAUCAGGGGGGUUCCGUAGAUUCGUAUGGCUCAUUGACGAAUGUUAAUGGGCUAUUGCAUAUGGUCCAGAGCAGCCACCAAAAUUCAAUCCAGUCGAGAACAGAGUUUGAGCGGUUGAAUCGUGAAUACUUGAAUGUUCGGAGACACUUGAAUCCUAUAGGUGAGUGUUUGAAUCGACUUGAGAAAACAUUUCCUAAUAGGGAAAUCAAGGUGUUGAAGAAUACAAAAAAAGCGGUCAAUGCAUCGUCACUGUCGUUGUCUGUAACUCACAGUAGUAAUAGUAACACCUUCAAAGAGUUCUCUCCCUUGUAUCAGGAGAAGGAAAAGGAUAUUGGCAUUAUGCUAAAUCGCUUAUGGCAGGACGCGAUUAUAUCGUCGCUGUCAACUGCAGCCAAUUCCAUGAGAAAUGCUCCUUUACAGAACAACCAGCAUAUGAUUCCCAGCCAACAAGUGCCUUCACAGAGGCCAAUGAACCCAAGAGUUAGUUCCUACAAUCAGAACCAGUCCCAGUUUGGGAACAUGCGGUCUCAACAGACUCCGACUACAAGAGCAGUCAAACUUGCUGGACAGGGAGGCACUAAUGCUUCAUCACAGAGUUCUAUACCCAGCUCGCAGAUCCGUCGUGGCAGUGAGCAGCUGGUCAAUAUCGCCUGAUAUGACUUGGGUAUCUAUAGAGUAGACAUCUGCUCAAAACAUACACAAAUCUAAUUAUGCAUCUCUUUCGUUCAGGGUAUAUAUUGUCAUAUAUAUAGGUUAAAUAAAAGAUCGGAAAUGGAA